AUGUCCUUCCGAGGCGGGUCUCGCGGUGGUGGUCGUGGAGGGUCUGGCGGCGGCUUUCGAGGCGGACGGGGAGGAUUCCAGCAGAGGGACAUGGGCCCGCCGGCGCAGGUUCUAGAAAUGGGCAAGUUCGUCCACGCCUGCGAGGGCGAAAUGGUCUGCGAGUCCAUCAACCCCAAAGUCCCCCACUUCAACGCCCAAAUCUUCCUCGAGAACAAGACGGCCGUCGGCAAAGUCGACGAGGUCCUCGGCCCCAUCAACCAGGUCUUCUUCACCGUCAAGCCCUCCGAGGGCAUCCAGGCCGCCUCCUUCAAGGAGGGCGACAAGUUCUACAUCGCCCCCGAGAAGCUGCUGCCCCUCGACAAGUUCCUGCCCAAGCCCAAGCCCCCGCCCGGUGCGCCCAAGCCUAAGCGCGCGGGAGGCAGCUCCCGUGGUGGCCCCCGUGGAGGCGGUCGUGGAGGAUUCUCUCGCGGUGGACGUGGUGGUCCUGGUGGUGGCCGUGGAGGCUUCUCGCGAGGUGGUGGUGGUGGCUUCGGCGGUCGUGGUGGCCGUGGAGGCAGUGGCGGCUUCUCCAGAGGCGGUGCCGGUGGAGGCAGGGGACGUGGCGGCUUCAGCAGGGGAGGACGUGGAUUCUAA